GCCAUGCAGGCCGCGAAAAGCGCAGAGCUGCACGCAAACCUUUCCUUAAUUCCUCACCGCAGUCGUCGUCCAGCUCGAUUUACUUCCUCUCGACUACAAUCCCACCUCUUCUGAGAAAUCAUGUACAGUCCUCAACGUCGAGGCGCACCCAUGGCGGCGACCGUGCGCACAUGGCUGGUGGUGGCGGCGCUGGCGUGCGCGCUAGCGCUGGCGCUGCGCUCGGCGGACGCGCAGGAGGGCGAGGCGCAGCCGACGUCGUCGUCGGCGCCGGCCCAGAAGCCCAACUGCGCUCCGGGCGCCGCCACGCCGUGCCGCGUGGGCGCGCUGCGCGACCCGGAGAACCAGGAGGAGGAGGGGCUGUUCAAUAUGAAUGUGAAGGCGCCGACCGGCGCGGGUGACUCCGACAGCGAGGACGACUACAGCGACCCCGACGAGCCCAAAGACCCCGACCAGUCCGACGACGACGAGCUUGUCGUUCUCGGCCACUGAUCUGAUCGACCGGCCGGUCCGGCAUGGUCGAUCACGUGCGCGUGGCGCCGGAUGUUUUUUUUUGUUGGACUGGCCGGUGGCCGAUCGACCGGUGUUCGUUGGACUUGCAUUCUUGUUCGAUUCUUCAGCUAAUUUGUUGUUGGUGGUGGUGUUGUUAGUAAGUAGGUAGUGAGUGGAUUGGCAAAUAUGUUCUGUAAGCUAAUAACUGGAUUUGAUAAAGUGUGAUCCAUACAUGGUUAAAUCUAUAAAGGGUGAUUGGUUAGCAACGUA